GUUCUCCCGCCCGCCGUCUCGAUGAGACAGAUGAGGCUCAACUGGAAAGACUCUACAAACCUGUGUUUGUUAUGAAACCGUCCUCAAUAAAAUGCUCUGAGGGGCAAACUGCCAGAUUUGACUUGAAGGUUGUUGGCAGACCCAUGCCCGACACCUACUGGUUCCACAAUGGACAACAAGUGGUUAAUGACUAUACCCACAAGAUCGUGAUUAAAGAAGACGGCAUCCAAUCCCUGAUCAUUGUCCCUGCCAUGCCAAAAGAUUCUGGAGAAUGGACAGUUAUUGCUCAGAACAGAGCUGGUCGAACUUCUGUUUCUGUAAAUCUUACUGUUGACGCUCGAGAAAGUCUAGCUCGCCCUCAGUUUGUCGACAAGCUGAAGAACAUCACAGUCAAACAGGGCACUCUGGUUGAACUGGCUGUUAAAGCCAUUGGAAACCCUCUGCCUGAUAUUGUCUGGCUGAAAAACAGUGACAUCAUCUCACCACACAAGCACCCACACAUCAAGAUCGAAGGAACCAGAGGAGAGGCCAAAUUCCAGAUCCCAUCUGCUUCAGGCACAGACAGUGCCUGGUACACAGCUACUGCCAUCAACAAGGCUGGUAGAGACACCACUCGCUGCAGAGUCAAUGUGGAGGUGGACUUCACUGCCCCUCAAGCUGAGAGGAAGCUCAUUGUUACCAAAGGAACGUACAAGGCUAAGGAGAUUGCAGCUCCGGAGUUGGAGCCCCUUCAUCUGCGAUAUGGCCAAGAGCAGUGGGAGGAGGGCGACCUUUACGACAAAGAGAAGCAGCAGAAACCACUGUUCAAGAAAAAGCUGACCUCUAUCAGAAUGAAGCGUUUCGGCCCUGCUCAUUUUGAGUGCAGACUGACUCCUAUUGGUGACCCCACCAUGCUAGUGGAGUGGCUGCACGAUGGCAAACCCCUGGCUGCUGCUAACAGGUUGCGCAUGGUCAAUGAAUUUGGCUACUGCAGCCUUGACUACGAAGUUGCUUAUGCUAGAGACAGCGGUGUCAUCACUUGCAGAGCCACAAACAAGUUUGGAGUCGACCAGACCUCGGCCACCCUGAUCGUCAAGGAUGAGAAGGGUCUCGUUGAGGAAAGUCAGCUUCCUGAAGGCAGGAAGGGAGCUUACAGAAUGGAUGAGAUGGAGCGCCAAGCUCAUCAGGGAGGACCCUAUGGAGUCACUGCUGAUGAAGAAACUGAGAAAAUGAAACCUGAGAUUGUCCUUCUCCCUGAACCAGCCAGAGUGCUUGAAGGCGACAUUGCUCGAUUCCGUUGCAGGGUGACCGGUUAUCCAGCACCUAAAGUUAACUGGUACCUUAACGGACAACUUAUCCGCAAAAGCAAAAGAUACAGACUUCGUUAUGAUGGUAUUUACUAUUUGGAGAUUGUUGACAUCAAGUCAUAUGACUCAGGAGAGGUCAGGGUGGUUGCAGACAAUCCUUUGGGCACAACUGAGCACACUGUGAAGCUGGAGAUCCAACAGAAAGAGGACUUUAGAUCUGUCCUGCGUCGUGCUCCCGAACAGAGGGCUGCCGAGGCUUCACAUGAACCUGGAAGAAUUGCAUUCGAUGUUAUGAAGGUUGACCAACCUGGUGAUGCUGCACAGGACAGGGAAGUUGUUAAGCUUCGUAAGACACAGAGAAUCACCCAUGAGAAAACCUCAGAGGAAUCGGAAGAGCUAAAAAGUAAGUUCAAGCGUAGGACAGAGGAAGGUUUCUACGAGUCAAUCUCUGCUGUGGAGUUUAAGUCUCGUAGGAGAGACGAGUCUUAUGAGGAUCUACUGAAGAAGACCAAGGAGGACCUGCUUCAUCACUUGAAAGAGAAGGAGGAGGCUGAGCGGAAGAGGCUGGAGGAACAGGGCACAGUCACCAUCCCCACAAUCAAACCAGAGAGGGUCCAGCUCUCCCCUAGCAUGGAGGCUCCCAGGAUCCUGGAACGCAUCGCCAGCAAGACCGUUGCUCCAAUGGAUGAGGUUCGUUUCCGACUCAGAGUCGUGGGCAGACCAGAACCUGAGUGCCAGUGGUUCAAGAAUGGCAUUCAGCUGGAAAAGUCAGACCGUAUUUACUGGUACUGGCCUGAGGAUCAUGUGUGUGAACUGGUGAUCAGAGACGUCACAGUCGAGGAUUCUGCUAGCAUCAUGGUUAAAGCCAUUAAUGUUGCUGGGGAAUCUUCAAGCCACGCCUUUCUGCUUGUGCAAGCCAAGGUGGCGAUUAACUUUACCCAGAACCUGACAGACACCAGUGCCAAUGAGAAGGACACGAUGGUCACCUUUGAGUGUGAAACUAACGAACCUUUUGUCAAAGUCAAGUGGCUUAAGAACAACAUGGAGAUCUUCUCCGGAGACAAAUACAGAAUGCACUCGGACAGAAAGGUUCACUUCCUGUCUGUACUGAUGGUUGAAAUGAGGGAUGAUGCAGAAUACACCUGUGUGAUGAUAGAUGAUGAAAACAUCAGGACAAGUGCAAGACUCAUUGUUGAAGGCGCUGCCCUGGAGCUCAUCAAACACUUGGAGAACAUUGAGGUACCAGAGACCUACGCUGGAGAGUUUGAGGUCGAGCUUUCCCGUGAGGACGCUGAAGGCAGCUGGUUCUUCAAAGACAAGGAGCUCUCUUCCAGCAGGAAAUACCUAAUGUCCUCCCGCCGAGGGAGACACACCUUGUCUGUCAAGGAUGUCAGGAAAGAGGACCAGGGAAAAUACACGUUUGUAUGUGGAGAUCUGAGGACCAGUGCCUCACUGAAGAUGAAAUUGCGCCCAGUAACCCUGAUGCAGCCAUUGACCGACCUCACAGUCUGUGAGGGUGACAUCGCUCAGCUGGAGGUGAGGUUCUCCCAGGAGAACGUUGAGGGAACCUGGAUGAAGAACGGCCAGGCCAUUUCUGCUUCGGACCGCAUCCACAUUGUAAUCGACAAACUGGUUCACAAGCUGCUGUUGGAGAACGUCAACAGAGAAGAUGCUGCCUCCUACUCUUUCUUGGUUCCUGCACAAGACAUCUCCACCUCAGGCAAACUCAGUGUCCAAACCAUUGACAUUGUGGUGCCUCUGAAGGACAUGUCCUCCGUUGAGGGCACCAAAGCUGUUUUGGAGGCCAAGAUAUCUGCUCAAGAUAUAAGCUCAGUCAAAUGGUUCCACAACGACAAACUGCUGACGCCCAGUGACAGAAUCCAGACGGUGGCAAAGGGAGCCAAGCAGCGUCUGGUCUUCAGCAGGACCUACGCCUCUGAUCAAGGACACUACAAACUGGUGGUUGGCAAAGUUGACACCAGCUGCAACCUAACUGUCGAACAGGUUCAGAUUGUGAAGCACAUGGAGGACAAAGUCUGCUCUGAGUCCCAGAACGUCACUUUUAACGUUGAAGUAUCUCACCCUGGUAUCGACCCAGUCUGGAUGUUCAGGAACCAGCAACUCAAACCUGGACCCAAACACAAGAUGGACUCCAAGGACAAGGCUCACUCUCUGACUGUCAUCGAUGCCAUGAAAGACGAGGAGGGCCAGUACACGUUCCACGCUGGUGAAAAGAUGUCCAGUGCCAAGCUGUCUGUCUCAGGUGGUGCCAUCACACGGCCGCUUCAGGACGUGACAGUGGCGGAGUCUCAGACAGCUGAGCUGGAGUGUGAAGUCGCCAACGCCAACGCUGAGGGGAAGUGGCUGAAGGAGGGUCAUUCUGUGGACUUCAAUGAGAAUGUGGUGAGCGAGGUGAACGGAGCCAUCAGGCGCCUGGUCAUCGUCAUUACCAGACCGCAGGACAUCGGGGAGUACACCUACCAGGUGGCCAACUCCAAAACCACUGCCAACCUCAGGGUGGAGGCUGUGAAGAUCAAGAAAACCCUCAGAAACCAGACGGUGACAGAAACCCAGGAGGCGGUGUUCACGCUGGAGCUCACCCACCCAGACGUGAAGGGAUCCCAGUGGAUCAAGAACGGUGUGGAGCUGCAGAGCAGCGACAAGCACGAGAUCACGUCAGACGGCAUGGUCCAAACCCUGAGGGUGAAGAACUGCAACUCACAGGACGAGUGCGUUUAUUCCUUUAAACUGGGAAAACUGUCGGCCAAUGCCAGGCUCAACGUGGAGACGAUCAAGAUUGUUAAGAAGAUGAAGGACGUGACAUCAUUGUUGGACGGCACUGCCUCCUUUGAAAUGAGCCUGUCACAUGACAACAUCCCCGUCAGGUGGAUGUUUAAAGGUGUAGAGCUGAAGUCGAGCAGCAAGUGUAAAGUUCUGUCGGAGAGAAAAGCUCACAAACUGAUUGUGCAGAACGUAAACCCCAGCGAUGCAGGAGAGUACAGUGCUGUGGUGGGACACCUGCAGUGCAGCGCCACCCUCACUGUGGAGGGUACGUAACGUUUUAAUAUGAACUGCUCUACACGAUGAAA